AUGCCUACAAUCGAAGAGGUUAUAGAAGAAAUGCAAGAAAAUGAAUCUGAAGAAGAAGAACCAAAAAAGCAAACCUCUAUUAUACCAACUCAAGCUAUUACUGGAAUAGACUCAGUAUUGGAUUAUAUUGAACAGCUUGAAUCAAAUUUUAAAAUUGAUAUUAAA